AUGCUCAAUCUUCGUACCUUCACUUCUGUAACAUAUCUGGCGCAGAUUGCUGUUCUGGGAGGCAAUGCGCAAUACAACAGCUCUCAGCUCUUGGACAUUGUUCCGAAACGCGAGGUCCUUUACGUAGGCGGGAAGUACACGAACAUGACAGACCCUACGACCAAUUCCACGUCAACGGCCAUGAUAGGGCAAAUAUACGUUGAGAAGCUCUCUCCUAAUCCAGCUCCCGCAGUCCCACGAUUACCCAUUAUCUUCAUUGCCGGCGCCGCUCAGACAGGGACGAAUUUCCUUGAAACGCCAGAUGGGCGACCAGGAUGGGCAUCGUACUUUCUGUCCAAGGGUCACACAGUGUACCUGUCAGAUCAACCUUCACGUGGCCGCUCCUUCUGGCUUCCCGGACAGGGGAACAUGGGAUACAUUGGCUCACCCGAUACCGUCUCCGAUAUCUUCACCGAUGUAGCGAACAACGGCGACCAAUGGCCACAGGCAAAGCUUCACACACAAUGGCCCGGUAGCGGACGCAUUGGCGACUCCACUUUCGACAAUUUCUACAGAAGUCAGGUGCAAUUGCAGACUGACCGCUUCAUAAGCGAAGAACAGAAUGCGCAAGCCUACUCAGCUCUGGUAGACAUUGUUGGGAAGUGCUAUAUCAUCAGCCACUCACAAGCUGGGGCAUAUGGUUGGAGGGUUGGUGAUAUGCGCUCAGACGUGGUGAAGGGCAUUAUUCAGCUGGAGCCAUCUGGACCACCAUUUACGCUUCGCCCACCGUUCGGAAACGAGGCAGCUUUCGCAUUCGGGCUUACGGAUCUUGCCAUUGCGUACGAGCCGUCGGCAGGUACCAAUGGUUCAAGCAUUGAGACGACUAUAGAGGCAGCAAUUGACGCGGAUCACGACGAGUGCAUCAUGCAAAAAUCUCCAGCCAAGCAAGUCACGAACCUGGCCAAGAUUCCGGAGCUUGUUGUUACUGGCGAAGCGUCGUUCCAUGCGCCGUAUGACUAUUGCACUGUGAGAUAUCUGGAGCAGGUUGGCGUCGAGGUGGAGUAUGCGGAUCUGGGGAAGGAGGGAAUUCACGGCAACGGACACAUGUUCUUCAUGGAAAAGAACAACCUCGAGAUCGCAGAGCGGGUAUAUCAGUGGCUGCAGAAGCACUGA